ACGUUACCGAACAACGUAACCAGAGAAGGUAAUAGAACUCUGACUGUGACCCUUUGCCUAAUGCCUUAGCCUCGCUGCUACCUCCACUAUCCCUUCCCUUAUAUGAAACCCUCCUUCUCAUAAAAACUUAACCACUUAAAAUUUCAAAAGAAAUUAAUUAAUAAGAUAUUAGCAAUGCCUAUGGCCACAAAGCCAGCUCUGUCACGUGCUAAACCCAAACCUGCUUCCUCAGAAGUAGCGAGAGCCGUUCUGAAACCGGGUGGGAACAGAGUUGUUGCAGUAGCUGAACACCCCACCAAAGUGAAGAUAACGAAGAAGAAGCCGCAGCCAUCACCACCCAAGGACGAGGAGGUGGUGGCACCGCCAAAAAUUGAAGAGUCGGUUGUCCGAGGUAACGUGUCAGUGGACAGCACGUGCUCCUCGGAUUCCUCCUUGUCUGGUUCGAGCAAUAAAAACAACAGCAAGAAAAACAAUAGUGUAGUAACGAGGAAGAGGAGAGUGAAUAAUGCUACCUUUAUUUCUCAAUCCCCCAAGCCCUCAUCAGGACCGCCCAAGAGGUGUGACUGGAUCACUCCAAAUGCUGACCCUCGGUAUACUGCUUUCCAUGAUGAAGAAUGGGGUGUUCCAGUUAUUGAUGAUAAAAAGCUAUUUGAGCUUUUAGUCUUUUCACAAGCAUUAGCAGAAUAUAGCUGGCCAGCUAUUCUUAACCAAAGACACAUAUUUAGGAAGCUUUUUGAAAAUUUUGAACCAUCAUCAAUUUCACAGUUUACUGAUAAGAAGUUGCUAACACUGAAAAUAAACGGCAGCUCAUUGUUAUCAGAACCAAAGCUCCGCGCCAUUGUGGAAAAUGCCAAGCAAAUACUUAAGGUUGUGAAAGAGUUUGGUUCAUUCAGCAAUUAUUGCUGGAGAUUCGUUAACCACAAACCACUUAGGAAUGAAUAUCGAUAUGGACUUCAAGUUCCUGCGAAGACCCCAAAAGCAGAGGUCAUAAGCAAGGACAUGAUGCGCAGAGGUUUCCAAUGCGUGGGACCCACCGUGGUUUAUUCGUUCAUGCAGGUAGCAGGACUCGUUAAUGAUCACCUAAUUACAUGUUUCAGGUACCAGCAAUGCAGGGUCACAACAACCACAAACGAACUCAAAAUUGUCGUUAAAGAUAUUAAUUAAGGCACGGAGUGAAACAGAUUCCAUAAUUUUCCAAUGCAUGUAGGGUUGUGUAUGACUGUAUCUACAUAUAUAAAUGUAGUAAAUUUUCAGAAUUUCAUGCA